UAAAAUAUGUAAAAUAAUAUUAAUUUUUCUGUGAAUGAACUAUAUUUAACAUAAGAUACAGUUUAUAAAGCAUUAUUGUGACAAAUAAUAGAAAUAACCUAACUAAUAAAAUGGCAUCAUCAUUAUCAGCGUAUUGGGUAAAAUUUUUUAAAGGAGCAGGAUUUCCUCAAGAUGUAGCCACGAAACAUGCAGUUGUGUUUUCUAAUAACCGUAUUAAACCAGACAUGUUACCUGAUUUAGAUAAACCUAGUCUCAAAGAAAUGGGAAUUACUUUAAUGGGAGAUAUGAUUGCUAUUUUAAGAUAUGCAAAAAAAGUAGUAGAAGAAACAACAUGUGAAAGGUUCUUAGUCGAUUCAGAAGAUAAUGUUCGUACAUCUAAACCAAUAGUUAAAAAAGUGGCAACCAAGGCAAUUAGCUCUACUUCUAAAGUAAUUACUCCUAAACUUAAAUCUGAUACGAUAAUUGCAAAAAAGAUUGUUAAAAUUCCAACAAGUUCAGUGAAAAAAUCUGUUAUUGCUAAGAAAUCAGUAUCAACAUCAGGUGAUAUAAUUACAGACCUUGCUAAUCAAAAGAAGCAAACCAUUCUCAAAAGAAAAUUAAAAGAAGAUAAUGAAUUUGAUAGUAAUAAUGAAGAUGAAUGGCAAGAAACACCUAAAAAGAUAAAGUCACCUGAUAAUAAAGAUGAUAAAGUAGGAUAUACUGUAAUACUUCCUAAAGGUUCUACAUCUAGAAGUCAACAAAUUCUUAAAAAGUCUGCAGAACAAAAGCGAACUGUAUUUGAUAGAUUAGGUGAUAGUUCCGUAACUAGUACAACAAAUCCUACAGAAACAUUACCAACAUUUAAUAUUACUGGAUUGGGAAAAGAUGUUCUUAAAAGAUCUGUAAGUGUUUUUAAUCGAUUAGGAGAUAAAGAUGCCAAAAAGGAUAAUAUCACAACUCAAGCAGGUAUAUUAAAAAAUGGAUCAAAUAAUACAGGAAUAUUAAAAACUAGAGGUCCAAUUACUAGAACUUCAAUUCUUACAACAAAUAAAAUUAUACCAAAAAAUAUGGGUACAAUGCGAGCUGAUCAAGAAGUAAGCAGAAAAGUUAUGUCAAACAAUGUUACACAAUUGGUGAAAACAACUAAAAGAAUUUCAUUUAAUAACAUACCUUCAAGAGAUAACAGAACGAUAAAAUCUAAUGUUACAUCUGGAAAAUUAGCUUCAGAAAGAUUGGCUUCAAUACCAGCCAAAGCACGUUUAGGACUAGUUAAAACAAAUGGUGCUAAACAAGUAACUUUUGAUAGAGUUACGACAGUAGCACACGUGAAGAAACCGGAUGUUUUUAGCCGCCUUGGAAUUUGAGUAAUCAUUUACAUUGUCUACUUCUC